AUGGGACCAAAGGCCACGAGCGGGACCCGGGGACGGGGGAAGAAGGUGGGCACGAAGACGGCAGCGCCGCUUCCGAAAUACAAGGACCUGAUAGUGGAGGCGGUGGUGAGCCUGGCCGAGCGGGGCGGGUCAUCGCGGCAGGCGAUCAAGAAGUUCAUCCGGGACAAGUACGCGGUGGGCGCGAAGUUCGACGGGCAGUUCAAUCUGGCGGUGAAGCGCGGGCUGGAGGCCGGGGAGCUGGCACAGCCGAAGGGGCCGGCAGGGUCGAUCAAGCUGUUGAAGAAGGCGGCGCAGCCGAAGCCGGAGGAGGCGAAGCGGGCGGCGAAGCCCGCGAAGAGGGUCGUGAAGGCGGCGAAGCCCGCGAAGGCGAAGCCCGCGAAGGCUGCGAAGGCUGCGAAGCCCGCGAAGCCGGUGAAGGCGGCGAAAGCGGCGAGCGCCGUGAAGCCGGCGGCGCGGAAGCUGGCGAAGCCGGUCGUGAAGAAGGUCGGCAGCAAGAAGGUGGCCACGAAGAACGCGGUGGUGGGCAAGAAGUCGGUAGUCUCGAGCGCCGCGUCCAAGAAACUGCUCGCGAAGAAAGCGGUGCCGAAGAAGACAGCCGGCCGCAAGCCCCUCGUUGGGAAGAAGGUGGUUGCCGUCUCGCGGAAGCCAGCGGCAAAAAAGCUGGCCAAGAGUGCCUAG